AUGGCCACCACCAAGGCGGUUGGUUUCGUGGUCUUGGUUUUGUUAAUGCUGGAUUUGGCUCUUGCUGCUAGGUUCUUCAGGGGUUACGGAGGUGGUGGUGGAGGUGGUAGUGGUGGCGGUGGAGGUGGCGGAGAAGGUUCAGGAGGGCCUUGGUCGGGUUCGGGAUAUGGUUCAGGGUAUGGCUCGGGUUAUGGUUCGGGAUAUGGCGGCGAAGAAGGCUAUUCUAGAUAUGGAGAUGAAGGCUAUGGACCAUAUGGACGUUAUAGUGGCGGUGGAGGUGGCGGUGGAGGUGGUGGUGGUGGAGGUGGCGGCAGUGCAAUUGGAGCCGAGUAUGGUCGUGGAUUUGGGAUGGGAGGUGGGUCGGGGUACGGGUCUGGUGGUGGAGUAGGACGUGGUGGAGGAGGUGGCGGUGGCAGCGGUGGAGGUGGAGGUGGAGGUUCGGGAGUUGGAAGUGGGUCAGGAUAUGGAUCGGGAUAUGGAAGUGGAGGAGGCUAUGGAAGUGGUGGAGGUAGGGGUGGUGGAGGAGGUGGCGGCGGUGGAGGCGGAGGCGGAGGCGGAGGCGGCGGUGGAGGAGGGAUGGGCGGAGGGUCUGGGUAUGGUUCAGGAUAUGGGUCAGGGUACGGAGGAGGUGGUGAUGAAGAAUCACCAUGA